AUGAUUGUUCAUAUUAAUAAUAAACAUCAUGGCAUGCAAAGAAUCAAACUUAGGAAUCUUGCUCGUCUUUAUCCGAAACUAAAAAAGCGAAGUACAGCAGAAUCUUUAUUCAAAAUUGGAGAUAUUGUCCAAGAUCGAUGGGUCGUAAAUGGAUUGAUAGGCCGAGGUGGUUAUGGUCAAAUAUUUGUUGCAACAGAUAAUCUGGGUCAAGAAACUCAAGGAGUAGCCAUAAAAAGUGAACCUAAAAUGCGUAAAGGUCGACUAUCUAAGCGAAUGAUUUUGGAACAAAAAGUAUUGUUACGAUUACAAGGGCGAGUCCACGUACCAUUACUUUGGGCAAGUGGUUCCACAGAAAGAGUUAAUUAUAUAAUUAUGCAACUACUUUCGCAAAAUUUAAAUGAUAUUAGAAAGCAGAGUCCAUUCAAGCGUUUUUCACGUCCAACUAUGGCUCGCAUUGUUAUACAGGUUAAUAUAAUUCUAUCUAAAAGUUGUGGGUACUACACGUAUAAUUCAUGACG